AUGAUGGUCUCGUAUAUCAUUGGCGACAAUGCGUAUGGCAAGGAUGCAUUUAAGGAUCGCUUGCCGACCAUAUUUGAGAUCCAAGAAUUCAUCGAGAGGGCCUGGGAUCUUGGCAUCAACUCGCAGGGCCGGCUGGAGACUGGCGGCAUCAAGGGUACUCGCAAGUAUAUUGGCACGCCAGAGGCCCAGGCACUCUUUGUCAGCCUCGGGAUACCGUAA